UGUGGAAAGAGGGAGGGAGGUGCGGCGAACCAGCUCAGCAGCAGGCAUUGCACGGCUCCGACUGUCACCUCCCAUCCGUCGAGCUGUCAUUUGACAGCAGCACACAUGAACAUCAGUGCUGCGGAGUUGGAGCUGACCUCCAGUGGACUUUAACGUCGUAUUAUCUGCUGCUCGGUGGUUUAUGUCGAACAGGGAACGGACAAGACAGGAUACGCCUCUGUCAUCUCUACGGACUAACUACAAACGCGUAGGAGGACCUUGCAAGCUGGCUAGUAGUAGCGCUGGUUAGCUUGCGAGCUAACGGUAGCGAAGCAGAGGCGAGCGGGGGAGCCUGCUUCUGCUUUGUGCCGUCAUAUGGCCAACGAACGUCGGAGGGACUAUAGCUGUUUGCCUGGUUGUCCGUUUAGCGUCAUUCAUUUGUCAUUUUAAUCUUUUCUUUUGGGAAUAAACCCCUAGCUUGUUCGCAAUUUCUCACGGGAAUUGACGCGUCCUCUUGUUGUCAGUGUUUAUUUUUUUUAUUAUUUUACGUUAUUAACCGUUGGUGUUUGGUAUCCUGUCUAGCUAGCUAUGCUAAUGCCAGCUCAGUGAGAGCUCCAGACGAGUCAAGGAAGGAAGAGUGUUGAUGUGGGCUGCGGGAGGCGGAGGACGCUUUUAGGUGCAGGAGAGCAGCAUUGUUAGCUUAGUCUCAUCCUUUCUUAAGAUAGAACCCAGACUGAUUUUGACAUUAUAAGAAGACUCGGUCCAUUCGGUUUGUUAGGUGGCUAAAUGAAUAGUGUUGACACUACUACAUCGUGAGGCCACCGUGCCAGCUUCAAGAGGAUACGCUCUCUACACAUCAUCCAUCGCACAGACUGCAGCAACCACCCAGUUUGCUUGAAACAUGGCUUCGGCGGCCAGCAUCGCCGCAUCUAUUGCGAGCAAAACGAAGACGAAGAAGAAACACUUCGUCGCUCAGAAAGUGAAGCUUUUCCGUGCCAGCGACCCUCUGCUCAGCGUACUCAUGUGGGGAGUCAAUCACUCGAUUAACGAGCUAAGCCACGUUCAGGUUCCCAUCAUGCUCAUGCCGGAUGACUUCAAGGCCUAUUCUAAGAUUAAAGUGGACAACCACCUCUUUAACAAAGAGAACAUGCCGAGCCAUUUCAAAUUCAAGGAGUACUGCCCCCUCGUGUUUCGGAACCUCAGAGAGAGGUUUGGUAUUGACGAUCAGGAUUUCUCGAACUCCCUGACUCGCAGUGCUCCGUUGAACAGCGAGGCCCAGGGUCGCAGUGGGGCCCGCUUUCAUACUUCUUACGAUAAGCGCUACGUCAUCAAGACCAUCAGCAGUGAAGAUGUGGCUGAGAUGCACAACAUUUUAAAGAAAUACCAUCAGUUUAUUGUGGAGUGCCAUGGCAACACCCUACUGCCUCAGUUUCUGGGGAUGUACCGUUUCACAGUGGAUGGAGACGAGACCUACAUGAUUGUCACUCGCAAUGUCUUCUCCCACCGCCUUUCUGUCUACAAAAAGUAUGAUCUAAAGGGUUCCACAGUGGCAAGAGAGGCCAGUGACAAGGAGAAGCAGCCACCCCCACCAGAGGAUGUGCCCCCGCGGCAAAAAUCUGGUAACGUUCAGCAAAGGCUGCAAACACUACGGAUUGCCACACGCUUUUACUGUGCCAUGAAACACGUAAGAGAUGCUAAGGAACUGCCCACCUACAAGGACAAUGACUUCAUCAAUGAUGGGCAGAAGAUUUACAUUGACGGGGAGAACAAGAAAAUGUUCCUGGAGAAGCUUAGGAAAGAUGUGGAGUUCUUGGCCCAGUUGAAGCUCAUGGAUUACAGCCUGCUCGUGGGGAUCCACGACAUUGAGCGAGCCGAGCAGGAAGAGGUGGAGAGUGAGGACAACGAGGGAGAGGAGGAGGGCGAGAGCGACGGAGGGGUCAUUGGGACACCCCCCGACAGUCCCAGCAACACCCUAGAUAGCACCAAGCCGCUGUCACCCGGAGAGUUUGAUCCCACCAUUGAUGUCUACGCCAUCAAAAGCAAUGAUGGUGCUCCCAGAAAGGAGGUUUACUUCAUGGCUGUUAUAGACAUCCUGCAGCAUUACGAUGCCAAAAAGAAAGCUGCCCAUGCCGCCAAAACAGUCAAACACGGGGCCGGAGCAGAGAUCUCCACGGUGAACCCAGAGCAAUACUCCAAGAGAUUUUAUGAUUUCAUCACCACCAUCCUGUCAUAGCCUCCCGGAGCACCAAGAGCACCGAGGCACGCGGGAAAGAGAGGGAAGUGGAAGGCUGGAUUUCUAAAAGCCGCUCUCGGCGUGAAUGUUGAUCCUUGCCUGAUGCAGUCGCUUCGUUGCAGGAAGUAGGACGCAGUCUUCCAAGAGGCCAACAACCAAACCCGCUCCUAAAAAGCUGUCCACGCACCCAGCCAAACAAAGCUGCCUCCUUCAUCACUCAUCUUCCCCUUUUUGUUUACACAUGUUCUGAGCUUCUGGGCCACAGCAGUUCUCAUUGGCUAAAUUAUAUAAUACGUGUUUACUCCUCACCGUGUCUGUCCAUGAUUUUCUUUUGUUUUUUAUCCCCUUUGUGAUGCACAGCAAUUUCAAAUGCAAAAGGGAAGACUGAAUAUCAACAAAAAUGAGAAGAAAAGUGGGAUUUGAGGGUGCCACUUCCUUUAGUGUCCCCCUGAAGUAGUUUUCAGGGGAGAUCGCAGUUUCUGUUCCUGCUGCAGAGAAUGGCCCAGAAGUCAGACGGCUUUAGGAGCUAGUCACUGCUCCGUUAAAAAAAAAACAUAAACAUAUUCACAGCAAAACAGCCUCGUCGUUUUUUUCCGUUGCCAACAGCACCUUAUGAGUAAAACCCCAACUGUUGCACUUUCAUUCUUCGUCAGGAUCCUUUAUUCUGUUACAUGCGCAGCAGGAGUAAGAGAAACGGAGCUCAGUCACCUCAGAACUGAAACCUAGAAGCCUGAUCUCGCAUCCGAUCUUCCCCCACAGCACCUCACCCGUCUCUCCGUCUCUUACACGGGUUUGUUUGGAAGAGUUUACCCCAAUAUUUGACAUGGGUGGAGAGGGUUUUAUAUUUAUGUAAGUCAACCUUUCUAAUCCUGUAGGGGGCGCUGUGUGGCUUGUCGAAGCAGUGCUGCACUGGAAGGCGGUUUACCUCUAGCAUCGAAUCAGUGUUCAAAAAAUUGGGGAGGCAGGAGAUCAGGAGUAGAAGCUGCGGGUUUGUUUUUGUCUAACGGCAACAUUCUCUAACCUCGUUCAUGACUGGUAUUUUUUCAUUGUUCUCGCUAUUUUUUUACCUGUUUUUGAAUUUAGUGAUUUUUUUUUUUAUAUGAAUUGUUUUGCUCUUUUUUUUUUGUAUAUUUUGCACAAGAGGAAAGGAACCAAAUGUUACAAAUACGACCCCAAUUAGUGGCAACGGUCUUAACAAGGGAAAUGCAAUAUACUCGUGUGUAAGUUAGUGACUUGUGUGUGAUGUCGCAUUUUCACCAACUAAGACAGGUCAGCUUGUUCUUUCUGACUCAUGCAAAAAGCUUCCAACGUAACGUUUGUUUAAAUACCAUAGAUUCUAUUGACGUCUCUAUUUUUACAUUAGAUUUUAGUGUCUGAAUAUAGAGGAGAAAAGGAGCCACUCUGUGGAAUAAGGAAUGGUGCUGUGGUAAUGAAGAAUGACUGUUUGAAUUUUUACAAGUUCUAAUUGUACGUAAAAAAAAAAAAAAUGCAUGUCACAGGACUGAGUUUCCUUUCCUCUCUUUACUCUGUGUCGUUCGGUCUGUUCUCUGUGCCCCUCCGCCUAAACCACAUUAAGUAGUUCCUUCUGUUGCUUAUUGAAUAACGGUUUUCAUUGUAUACACUGUGCAAGAUGUGUGCCUUUAUACUCCAAAUUAUUUAAUUUUAUAUUUUGUAAUCUUUUUUUUUUAAACAAGUGUAAAGGGUUACUUUAUUAACAGUGUUUACUUUGAUGUAUUAUCAUUGUUCUGUGUGCACACACCCCCACCCCAGCACCUGGUAAUACACUCGUCACUAAGUCCGUGUAAUAAAGCCGUUUUAAUUGUUUUCUAACCAACGACGUGAAAGGAAAAAAAGAAAGUGAAUAUUUCAAUUUAUUGGGUUUGUUUGAUAUCUGUAAGCGUAAAUCUGUUCCCUUUCUGCUCAGAGUGAAGAUGGUGUCUGCUCUCGUUUUGAAUCCCACAUUGGUUCCUGCCUUUAAGAGAGUGUGUGUGAGUGCACUGAGGAGUGUGUGUGUUACCUCCUCUUCUACCAACCACGGGUCCGGCCACAUCAGAUUUAUUUCUGAGUUCUCAUCCUUCAAGCGUCUGCUUGAUAUCAAAGAGUUCAUCCCCAGUGAGAUGUUGAUUUCCAUUGUGCUCCAUCUCUGUAAAUGGGUCAUCGUCACAUGCAGCCGUAACCGUGACCCGCUGGACACCCCAGAAGCACCUCUCAGCAGUCAGAACCCCCACCAUCACCCCACCCCCUGUGAGAUUAAGAACAUUGUGUUUAGUAAAAUGCUUGUUUGUUGGGAUUAAAUGUUUUUAUUUCCUUCUUCUCUGUAGUAAAUGGAGUAAGGUGUGCAGUGCUCACACGUGUGCUACCGUAUCCAGUUAUGGGGAAACAAAUGUAAACGGCUCAGGACCUGGCACCGUCUGAAGAUGUGGGGCAGUUUUAUUUGGCUUUUAAGUUAAAAGCUUAGAAAGCUCUGUGGUAGAAACCUUUUCUCCUGAGCACUCUAGACUGGCAUGCACCGUCCGAGACCUGCAGAACGUGUUUCAGCCUCGGCAGUUCAUGAUGCUUUCAGACCCGGCCGUUGCUUGAAGCAUUACUGGACAUGUAUGUGUGUGAGUACGCAUGUUUGUGUUCUACAGUCUGCCGAGUGUUUCCUGUCAGUGGCAGAGAGUUCAAUAUGAAACUGUAUGUCUAGUUUAUUCAUAAAUGAUUAAAUGAUAAGUAUACUCCAUCCCAUAAAGCAUUCACUCCAAAUAAUUAAAGCACUUGUUCUGCCUAA